AUGCCAGAAGAAGGCGUAACUCUUUCACCGUCGUCCCAUUUGCUCACUUCAGAUGAGAUCGUCAGACUGGUGGAAUUAUUCGCCAGUCAUGGUAUUGACAAAGUUCGACUCACAGGUGGUGAACCAACAAUACGGAAAGAUAUUGUAGAGAUUCUGGAUAAUAGAGAGGUAGCUGGUCGAAUUUACCACUUAGGAAGAAUUAAAAAUGUGCCGGGUAUCAAAGAUAUUGGAAUAACGUCCAACGGCAUCGUUUUGGCAAAGAAACUACAACAACUUCAAGAUGCUGGUUUAACAAAGGUAAAUAUCAGUUUGGAUACGUUGAAUCAACAGAAAUUUAUGUUGAUGACAAGGAGAAAUGGCUUUACUAAAGUAAUGAAAUGUAUUGAUCUUGCUGAGGAUUUGUUUCCCAUAGUAAAAGUCAACACAGUAGUCAUGAGAAAUGUGAAUGACGACGAAGUGAACGACUUUGUUAAAUUGACGACUGGUAGGAGACUGGACGUCCGUUUCAUUGAAUAUAUGCCAUUUGGCGGAAAUCAUUUCUCCAAAAAGAAAUUCAUCGACUAUAAAAGUUUGUUGGCCGUCAUCGAGAAAACGUUCCACGGGUUGGUUCGUCGACUACCGGAUGCACCAAACGAAACCACAAAGGGCUACCAAAUAGAAGGUUUCGUCGGAAGAUUUGGAUUUAUAACAUCAAUGAGCGAGCAUUUUUGCGGCACAUGUAAUCGUCUGCGCAUAACGGCCGAUGGAAACCUUAAGGUUUGUGAUAUAUCUCUUUCUUUGGUGCUUUUCAGUAAGAAGCAAGGAGCCUUUGUUUACCAAAGAAAGUAUUUGUUCACGGCUAUGAAAACUCUGCGAGUUAUUCUUAAUUCUAUACUUCUUUUCUCUUUCGUGCUCACUACUUUAAUUUUUUAG